GCGCCAUGUUCCCAACGUCAGCUCUUCGUAUGAGUUUCAGCUUUGUUCCAGUGUGGUUGGUUACCAGACACUGUGAAGAAUAUUUCAUUUUUUUUUUUCAUUUUUCUUCAACCGAAAGACAUUAAGCUCAUGUGAGCUGCAUUAAAUCAGAUGGUAAAAGAUCGCAAAUUCUUGUUACGUGGUGAAGAAUAUAUUGCUGUGGCGACUAACGGUGAGAAUCGAGGCAGUCUUUCCAGGAGACGUCGGGGACCGUUUGGCGGAAGUACCCCGAAGAUAAGUAUGAUCACCAGGAAACGGGGACGCAUCGGCGAAAAUGGGAGAAAUGGAGCAAGGAGUCCUGCGACUGCAGCAUUACGGGAGCCCGCAGAGACGACUGACAGCCAGCAGGCAUCUGUCUGUCAACAGUUUUCGUCAGAAAGCGAAGACGCAUCCGGCUUGGACCUGGAGGAUUUCCUGGGCUUGGACGGCCUGAACUGGACCUUGGACGAUGACGCGCUGUCGCCGCUUCUCGACAUUACAGGGGCCGCCACCACGAAUGCCGACGAAGACGAUCAUGCGGAAAUCGGAGCUUCGCCCUCGCGGAUAGAGGAGCUCUCCGCCCCCCUGAAGAUCAGAGGUCCUGCUCAGAAGACCCAGAAGCUAGAAGAGAGCUUCCCUGGGCGGAUCAACAAGAACGCGAUUGCUGCGAGAAUGAACCGCCUUAAGAAGAAAGAAUACGUGAAUGGAUUGGAGAAAAAAGUUGGCACUUUGGUAACUGAAAACUGUAGCCUUAGGCAGGAAAACUCAAAACUGAACAAAAGAGUGGAGGAACUGGAAGACGAGACAAGGAGUCCAACAAGAAUGACCACGACUAUGCCCUACCUAGAAAGAGGGUAAAGGUGGACGAGAAGGAGACGGCGGGUGGCAUCUGCCUGCACGUCGAUACGAACCACGUCUCAGUGGAAUUCUGCAGUAAAUGUGCGGAGAGCGCAAGCUCCUCACUUAAAAUGUGAUCUGCCAUGGCGGAUUGGUGGGUGACUGCACAUCCACGACUUCAUGACACCAUGUGGAUUCUGCUCUGGGGAAUGCUGAAGAAACGGGACCACCUGCUGGCAUCUUGGCCUGAUAUUUGUUAAAAGGUAGUAUAAGAGAUGGUGUAAGUUUGUGGGUUUUACUGGCAUCUCACAGCACCACAACUUUUAAAAUAUCAGAGUUAACCCAUCAUGCCUUGGAUUCAUUGGUAUAUACUGAGGCAGUUUUCUUUUCAAUGUACACUUGCAGUUGUACAGAAAUGGCCAGGUAAUUUUGAAAUGGUACAAAGCAGAGAAAAUCAUUUUAAAGCAUAAAUGCAUGAUUUUCUGGAAAUAUUUAGGUGAUGUUAUACAGGCUUCAUUAAGAUGUCGCUGGUUUGCAUAUAUAGGUGGGGUUCCUAAGAUUGUCACAGAGCAAUAUUUUGUGGCAGCCAAAGCCUUUGUCCUGAGUUUCUUUUGUUUCUGUUCAAAUGUUUAAAAUGUAAGCCAUGUUUCAAUUACUUGAGUUAACACAGAAUGAUUUCACAAUAAAUCCCAUUUUAACAUACACUCA